AUGGUCGUGACUUUGGGUUUUUUCCUUUGCGAUCUUUUUUAUAUUUUGUCUUCAGGGAUUGUGAAGAUCUCCUUCUGUUUGUCAUUAUUACGAGUAGUUGUCAUCGGACGAGCUUAUGUCUACACGAUAUACAUUGUAGCCGCAGUCACCGGCAUUUUCACAACUUUCUACUGGUUCUUCACCCUGUUUACUUGCUGGCCGGUGGACUUUUUAUGGGAGCAGAUCCGAAAUCCGGAUGGCGAAGGGACGUGCCGGCACUUUCGCGCAGUCAUCUCUGGAAGCUACGCACAUGGCUCAAUUGUUUGCCUGGGUGAUAUAACACUUGCAAUAGUGCCUGCCUUGAUUUUACGGAAAUUAAGCAUGAACUCCCGUACAAAGAUAUCUGCGAUGGUUCUACUUGGCUUUGGAGCAAUAGCAAGCGUUGCCACAAUAGCAAGAAUUACAUACAUCCACCACGGAUAUGAUCAACUGGAUUUUCUUUACACCAACGCUGAGAUAAUGAUUUGGUCCACAGUUGAGAUAGGGGUAAGCAUCAUAGCCGUGUCGGCUGUGACGCUGAAACCGCUGAUGAUGAAAUACACAAUCUUUUUCCACACUCGAAGCAACAACUCAGGCUCACCAGAACCACCAAGGCACAUCGAGAAUUUCACGUUCGGGAUUAGCACACUGCCGCAAAGUAACAUUCACGAUAAUCGAACACAUCAAUCCUCUGGUCCUACAAAAAUCAGCUCAUCUAUACUGAGGUCUAAUACCAUAAUUGGUAACGGGCGGUCAUCGUCGGAGGAAAUCAUCUGGGCAUCGAAGGGUGGUGGUCAUCAUUCGAUAAAUACUAGCGAGGAAAUCGAGGAGGAAUUCGAAUUGGUUUCAAGGGGAAAAGUAGAGUUUUCGACGUCAAUGACCCCAAAGGAGCAUGAUGACGACCCCAUGCAGAUCAACCAACAAGUGUUUACCGAGCAGCGUCCUUGUGCAAAUGGACGCUAA